AUGUAUGCCGCCGGGUUCUGGCGUCCUCCCAACGUUACCGUUGGGCGAGAAGUCGCGUUCAUUUUCAUUGUCCUCACUUGUGCAGUGCAUUGCGUGGAAGCUGCAGUGGAGGAAGAAAGUACCGAGUCUUUCGUUAAGAAACCGAGUAAUCAGCCUCUGCACUAUACGGUGUUGCCAGCAAAGCUUCCGGUAGACCGCCAACUGUCAUAUCAUUUUCUGUCGUGGUUCCGGCGAAACCUGUUCAUUGAGAAGGUGCGCGCAAUUAUCCGCGUCUUCCUCACUGACUUGAAGGGGCCGUACCCGAGUUCAGCUGACACACUCAAGGUUGAGGUUGACUCGCUUGGGAAGGGCUUGCGGUUGUUCAGUGAGUUGACGAGCCCAUCCAAGCCUGCCCUGGAGAGGGUGCUGUUCCUUAUUCAGGCAUGUUCCGCUCCAUAUGUUCUUGAUUUUGGACGUAGAUUUGAUGGGGAAGAUGACCGUGUUGAUUUCCGAGAUCCACUUGUUCUCUUGAAGCAGCAGAGCGUCCGUCUCAGAGCUGCUCUUCGAACAUUAAGAGCCAGCAAAGAGGACCAUCGCCCAGUUGUUAACCAGGCCGUCUUCGGUUCUGGGCUUGUAUCCCUCCCGGCGCAUCCGCCCGAAAGUCCAGAGCUACAGGAGCCGCGAGAGCUUCUACAAACAGGAGACGAUCGGCAACCGCUCCCCCCUUCCGGUGUCGCGUCUAGCAGUGAAGCAGGGAGACAGACGCCCCUGCCUAGUCCGUCACUCCCCAAUCCUACGUCAAAUGUUCAACCAACCCCUCAGAGGCAGAACUGUGGAGGCGUGAAGCGACGAGGCCGGAGGACAGGAGGCGCGUUAACAGAUGAAGAGGAAAAGCUGCGCGAUCCCCGCGUCUUUGCGGCUUUUCUACACCGCGAGACGGACGUGUUUCGCCACAUCUUUGCGGCACUUGCAUCAGAGUUUGCGGCUCAUCUGAGACGCUGCGAUGCGCCACAGAUUGUUGCCUUCCGAGUGCAUGUGCUAGUGCCUCUAACAAUGACACUGCGGAGGUUGGUGACCCUGCAUACGAUGUUGCCUCAGCAGCAUUUCCGCGUCCAGCUUGGAUUGCGCUUUCUAGCCGAUCGAAUCAAGGUACUCCAGGGCAUUGAUCAGGCCUUCCUCGCAGCUGGUGCCGACUUGGUCCGAAUAAAAGGAGAGUUGCCCUUGACUCACAAGAGAGCGAGCCGACGGACCAAGGGUAGGAAAGCAGAGGACCAGCGAAAGAAGGAUGCGGCGGCGAAGAAGGAAAACCCGGGGGGACUGCAGAGAAAUGAGGAAGCUUCGAAGAAGACGCGAAAGACCCGCAAAAUGGUAAAAGAGAUGGACGAAAAGGCAUACGCCGGACGAAUGCCAGAGAAUAUGAGUACGUUUCUAAGUGGUACGCGGUUCCAUCUUCACGAGAACGGGAACCCCGGCGCGCUAGUACGACAGGUGGGUGACAGAGGCCGAUGA